ACAGCUGUUCAUGUUUUCUUGACAUCGAUUUGGGGGAGUGCCGCAAUUGCAAAAACAUUUUUACUGCUUUGUAAUUAAAAAAUAUUUUUAAUAGAUUUGUGUAUAUUUUAAUAUAAAAUACAGUCAUAAUGUCCGAAAUAAUGAAAGAUUUUGAUAAACCUGAGUUUAGUGUGGAUAAAUACACCAAACAAUUGGUUAAAGAAUGUGUUGGCGGAGCUGACUUACAGCAACGCAAGAAGGAGAUUCAGGUUUACAGCGAUCAAACAUCGGCGACCUUAAAGAAAUCCGUGUAUGCAAAUUAUAUGCAGUUCAUUGAAACAGCAAAAGAAAUUUCACAUCUCGAAUCUGAAAUGUAUCAGUUGUCGCAUAUACUCAUAGAACAACGUAAUAUACUCGGCUCGCUUACCGACGAAAAGUCCACAGGGAAUACGCAGAAUAACGAGGAAGGCGAAGAGCAACCAACGCACGAUGAUGUGGAAAAUAGUCAUGCCACACGUGCUGUAAAAGAAAUGGUGCAGGGUUUCAAUGGCAAUCUGGAGGGAAAAACCUUCCUCAACGAGGGUGCACUCAUUGAAUUAGACAGUAAUGAUUAUAGGCCCAUACAGCGGGUAUUUUUCUUUCUAUUUAACGAUGUGCUUAUCGUAUGUAAAGUAAAACAUGACAAGCGGCUAGAGUUUCUAACAGAAUACGAUCCGAAGAAGAUUGCUGUGAUCAAUAUCAAGGAUUUAGAUGGUGUACGCAAUGCAAUAAACAUAAUAACGCCAGAUGGCUCGAAGAUUUUUCAGAGCGUUACUGCUGCGGGCAAAACAGAAUGGAUAGAGAAAUUAGAAGUUGCCUUUCGUUUUGACCAGCAAAAGAAAACAAACAAAAAAGGACCUGCACCACAACCGCCCAAAGCGAAACAGUCGUCGCAACAGCAAAAGGAUUCACCAAGUGAUGCUAACUCAUUGGUCUCGGAUCUCAGUCCCACUGAUUCGCAUGCAGGCAAAGCUGUGGAAAACUAUGGACCCGAUUGGAUAUAUACGACCAGCGAAGAAAUACAAACACUCGUCGCACAAAGAUAUUUUGAAGAUGCACAGGCGCUAAUUAAACGCACCCAAGACUAUAUAGCAAAGGACUCAAGUUUUGUGAAUGCAAAGCAAAUCAUGGAAAAAGUUAAUACCUUGGAAACACAACUGACAGACGUGCUGUUACAAGAACUAUCCAAUUGUCAUUGUCGCAAUCUGCAAGUGACACUGCGUGCCUCACGGCGUUCACUAAAGAUACUCGUUGAUAUUGGACGUGCGCGCCAGGCAUGCGGCACACUACUCAAAGUGGCAACAAUGGCACUGCGCACAGCACAACGUGAGGCGCGACGCAACAAUACUGAAAUUUCCGAGUUAUUCUUCUGCGAUCUAACACAGGUGGCUUGCGAAUUCUUAACUGCCUUCGAGACACAACCAGCAUGUGUAGGCGCGCUCGUGGUGUGGUGUAAUGCUGAGUUGCAGUAUUUCGCCAGUCAACUGAUAAAGCAUUAUCUCACCAAAGGCACGCCUUUGGAUGCUGUAGCGAAAUGUAUUGAGGGCAUACGCAAGCCAUGCGCUAAGCUGACUGAAAUCGGUCUGGAUCUGUCAUAUCAUCUGGAAGGUCUCUUGCGCAGCACACUGGAGUCGCUUAUAGAGGAAUCACGUAUACGUUUGCUGGAAACAGUUGGACGCAGCGAAGACACUUGGCAACCAUAUAAUUUACAAACGAAAAGUAAUCUCAAACGCUUGCUAUUAGAAUUGGAUGCGCUUGGCAUCGAUAUGCGCGCUCAUACCACCGGCGACACGUGGAUCAAUCUGACGCAGUCCACAGUGCUCUUUACACGCCAUUAUUUGCAGUUGACCGCACAGUGCGCGCACUUGGCCAAAAGUGAGGUGCUGUGGCCCAGUUUGGAAGUGUUGUUGCGCGAUCUGUUGAUGGCACAGCAAGCGGUAAAGCCGGUCACUGGCUUGAGUGUGGACCCCAAUUUUGUGCUGAAGAAUAAGCUAUUCCUGCUGGAAGAAUUGCUGCCAAUUGCAGUGGAAAAUUUCCGUACCAUAAGCGGCAGUGAACGAAAAUGUGACAUACUUUUGGAUUUGCAGCGUCAUUUGCGCAAACAAUUGGCGCCGGUGCCCAAGCAGCGCAGUGUCUAUCAAACUGAUGUGUUUUAAAGUGCACCUCAAACCUUAUAGUGCACAAAAAAUACAAAAAGAAAAAUAGUAAAAAGCUAACGUAUUUAUACAUAUGUUGAAGAAACAAAACUCAUUCAUAUGCUUAUUUUCGCAUUACUUUGAUUACACAUACAUAUACAUAUAUAUAUUUUUCUCAUUUUAUUUUCAUUAUCAUUAUAAUAAUUAUUAAUAUUAAUUUAAAUUUAUAUUAUAUAAUAAUUAUGUACAUAAAAAAUACACAUUCAUAAAUUUUAAACGAUUUAUUUGCAAAUUGUGUGCGGCUUACGAUUUUCUAGUAUUUGUUUAUUUGUUUUCGCUUUUUAUUCGUAUUGUUUAACAAAACAUUUGCCAGCAAUGCACACUUCUUAGCGCAUAAAUAACGAAGUUGUUUUCUAACGGCGCUUUUAUAUGCAGUUUUCACCUCGUCUUUUAACUAAAUUACAGUUAUGUGUAUUUAAAGCAGUGUUGGUUUGGAGUAAAACGUUAAAGCGCUUACUCUCAGUUUUUGCAUUUCUUUUUUUUACUUUUUGUUUUUUUUUUAACUUACGAAUGUAAACUUUUUUUAUAUUUAGUUAAUAAAAGUACACAGUGUUUAUAUGUAUGUAUAUAACCUAUAUAAAUUUAUUUAUAUAUAUAUAUAUAUAUAUAUAUAUCUACAUACUUCUAUAUGUAUGCACUUUAAAUAUAAUCUACAUAAAAACAAAAAAUAAAAAUUU